AUGAAGAAACACACCAAGACUCAAUCGACAUAUGCCUUUGACAACACCGCUACCACUGUGGCUGCGUCGCAGAUGCGUAAUGCCUUGAACACCUUGGCUGACACUGUCUCUGAAAAAGAGCACCAGCAGAGAUUCGAGACCGAAAUGGACUCGUUCUUUGCCUUGUUCAGAAGAUACUUGACGGAUAAGGCUUCGGGCUCCACCUUGGACUGGGACAAGAUCAAGUCUCCAUCUCCUAGCGAGGUGGUCCAGUACAACGCGUUGAAGGAAGCGCCAGAGAAGGUCACCGAGGGCUUGUCCAAGUUGGCCGUUUUGAAGUUGAACGGUGGUUUGGGAACCUCCAUGGGCUGUGUGGGUCCAAAGUCUGUCAUUGAGGUCAGAGACGGCAACACCUUCUUGGACUUGUCGGUGAGACAGAUUGAGCACUUGAACAGAAAGUACGACACCGACGUGCCUCUUCUUUUGAUGAACUCCUUCAACACUGACGCCGACACCGCCAAGAUCAUCAAGAAGUACCAGGGCCACAGAAUUAGAGUCAGAACCUUCAACCAGUCCCGUUUCCCCAGAAUCUUCAAGGACUCCUUGUUGCCUGUGCCAGACUCGUUUGACGACGACUUGAACUGCUGGUACCCUCCAGGACACGGUGACUUGUUCGAGAGUUUGGUCUCCUCAGGUGAAUUGGACUCUCUCUUGGCCCAGGGCAGAGAAAUCUUGUUCGUCUCCAACGGUGACAACUUGGGUGCUACCGUCGACACUGAGAUCUUGAACCACAUGAUCGAGUCCGGUGCCGAGUACAUCAUGGAAUUGACCGAUAAGACCAGAGCCGAUGUCAAGGGUGGUACUUUGAUCAACUACGAUGGUCAGGUGAGAUUGUUGGAGAUCGCUCAGGUGCCUAAGGAGCACGUUGAGGAAUUCAAGAGUAUCAAGAAGUUCAAGUACUUCAACACUAACAACUUGUGGAUCAACUUGCGUGCCGUGAAGAGAUUGGUCGAGUCUAAUGCUAUCGAGUCUGAGAUCAUCCCCAACCAGAAGACCAUCUCUAAGGGCUCCUCUGACAUCAAUGUCUUGCAGCUUGAAACUGCUGUUGGUGCCGCUAUCAGACACUUUGGCGGUGCUCACGGUGUUGUUGUCCCCAGAUCCAGAUUCUUGCCAGUCAAGACCUGUUCCGACUUGUUGUUAGUCAAGUCUGACUUGUUCUUCCUUGAGCACGGUGCAUUGAAGUUGGACCCAACCAGAGACGGCUUCUCCAACCCAUUGAUCAAGUUGGGUUCGUAUUUCAAGAAGGUCAACGACUUCCAGAAGAGAAUCCCACACAUGCCAAAGAUCUUGGAGUUGGACCACUUGACCAUUACUGGUAACGUCAACCUUGGCAGAAAUGUCACCUUGAAGGGUACUGUCAUCAUCGUUGUCAACGAUGGUGAGUCCAUUGACAUUCCAAACGGAGCAGUCUUGGAAAAUGUCGUCAUCACUGGAAACUUGCGCAUUUUGGAGCACUAA